AUUAUUCUUAUUCAUCAUCACAGUUGAGUGGGAAUACAAACUUUGAACGACAGUCGGGGCCGCCGCUAAAAGCCCUAAAAACCCAGAGCCAAAGAUGACGGCGGCAAGGCUGAUCAGAUUGCUGCCGAAACUUAGAAAAGCAAGAGCUUCACUUUCUUCUCCAUCUCCUUCGUUAAAAUAUCUAUUUUCUUCCAACUCACCGUCUCCCCGCGACGUCGUUUCGAGCACUGCCGCCAACGUCGCUGAUCUGGGCGAAGAUGAAGAUGAUGACGUGCCCGUCUACUCUAACCCGACUGCUUCCGCGGCGGCGAAGAUCGUGCAACCCACUCUCCUUCAGCCAGGCGUCGUGGUAUACGAUGGGGUCUGCCAUCUCUGCCAUGGAGGGGUGAAGUUUGUGAUCAAAGCGGACAAGUACAGGAAGAUCAAAUUCUGUUGCGUUCAAUCGGAGAGUGCUGAGCCUUACCUGAGAUUAUGUGGUCUGGAUCGGGAGGACGUUCUUCGUCGAUUCUUGUUUGUCGAAGGCCCCGGGCUUUACCACCAAGGCUCUACUGCUGCACUGAAAGUUUUGUCGUACUUGCCUCUCCCUUACUCUGCUUUGAGUGCUUUCAUGGUGAUCCCGACUCCUCUGAGAGAGAUGGUUUAUGAUUAUGUUGCCAAGCGGCGCUACGACAUCUUUGGCAAGUCUGAAGAUUGCUUAGUUUUGCGAGAAAAAGAGUUGUUAGAGCGUUUCAUUGAUAGGGAAGAGAUUAUGGAUCGAUCUCCACCGGAUUUGUAAUUAGUUUCCCCAGAGCUAACCAUAAUCCACGUAUGUUUUGCUUACGAAAUGUUGCAUCGGUAAAAGCAUUGGUCCUUGUCUAUUCGGCAUCAUCAACAGUUACUGCUGUUCGGGGCAUCUCAAGAAGAAAGAUAGGCAGCUGCGAGGGCGCGGAUAUUCUCCGGUUAUAGCCUCGUAUCUUUCCACAUUGCACUUGUCACAUUUUACUAUCAAAUAUUAGACUUUAAUUUGUAGGGCACUUCAAUAUAGAAAUACCCUUAAAAAAUAGGCGUAUGCUAUUAUUGGCGGUGCGCACACGGUAUUCUUUAGUAAAAGGCGAAAGAAUAGUUCGCUUUGUGCUCACCGCACAGCUCCAUGAGUAAACAGUUGGCUGGAGAAGCACUAUGUAGUGGCUCUCCAGUGGUUUGUGCGCUUCUUCUAACCGAUGUGGGACAUCGUGGCAAAUUAUUCCUCAACACUUA